UUAAAGGAGGCUGUCCCGGAAGAGGAGUAUGUCCAUUUUCGUGAUGUUUGUUUUACAUACUUACCUCUAGAAGUUACUUAAUCUAGAAACUUCACCGUUUACCGAUGGUUCCCCUAAAAACUAAGGCCUUGGGGUGGGAGUUGGAAGGAGUGGUAGGGGAUUGACUUGACAGUCUCCCAGAUACUUAAUAGAAACAAAACUGACUAGAAUAUUUGUUUCCUGAAUCUUCAACCAGUGCUCUUUCGAUUAUAUCAUAGUCUCCUUUUGAGAAAGCUCUUUGUAGAGUUAAAGUUCUCUGCAAAGGUAAGGUGGUAUUUUUGGUUUUGGUUAUAAUAGGACUCAGAAGGGGAUCUAAAAGUGACAGAAAAGGUCUUGAGUUACUCUUAGACUUCAAACUCAUUGGCACUAGGGGAGUCUGUCUCUCUCAGGGCCUGUGGGGCUUAGAAUUUAUGGUCCCUUUGCUCUUGAUCUCGCUUUCUUCAUUGGUAUUUUUGUCCCUUUAGGUCCUGGAACAGAUAUCCAGGUAGGAUGGACUGACAGCAGGUCAGUUUGAUUAACAGCUGGGGGUGAGAAUAGGUUUCCAUUAAUCAGUGGUCUCUGUCUCCUAUGCUAGGUGAGCCCCGGGUGUGUCCCAGAGGGAUCCAGGUGACUUCUCUGCAGACUGUUUGCCAUGACACCCCACCAAGGACAGCGGGAAUAAAGUGAGAACCCUUCCUCAUGCCCCUCCCAUGGUCAGCUCCCCGAUGGCCUGGGUGAGGGUGAGCUGGCUGCUCUGACACCAUGGGGAGCUGCUGCAGCUGCCUGAACAGAGACAGUGUCCCAGACAACCACCCCACCAAGUUCAAGGUGACAAAUGUGGAUGAUGAGGGGGUGGAGCUGGGCUCCGGGGUGAUGGAGCUGACGCAGAAUGAGCUGGUGCUGCACCUGCAUCGGCGUGAGGCUGUCCGCUGGCCCUACCUCUGCCUGCGGCGCUACGGCUAUGACUCCAACCUCUUCUCCUUUGAGAGUGGCCGCCGAUGUCAGACAGGCCAGGGAAUAUUUGCAUUCAAGUGCUCCCGGGCUGAGGAAAUCUUCAACCUCCUUCAGGACCUGAUGCAGUGCAACAGCAUCAAUGUGAUGGAGGAGCCAGUCAUCAUCACCCGCAAUAGCCACCCUGCUGAGCUCGACCUCCCUCGGGCCCCCCAGCCACCCAACGCUCUAGGCUACACUGUCUCCAGCUUCUCCAAUGGCUGCCCUGGAGAGGGCCCACGACUCUCAGCUCCCCGCCGGCUCUCCACAAGCAGCCUGCGACACCCCUCGCUUGGGGAAGAGUCCACCCACGCCCUCAUUGCCCCCGACGAGCAGUCCCACACCUAUGUCAACACGCCGGCCAGCGAGGAUGACCACCGCAGGAGCCGGCACUGCCUGCAGCCACUGCCUGAGGGUCAGGCACCCUUCCCCCCGCAGGCCCGGGGCCCCGACCAACGGGACCCACAGGUGUUCUUGCAGCCGGGCCAGGUGAAGUUCGUGUUGGGCCCGACCCCUGCUCGGCGGCACAUGAUGAAGUGCCAGGGCCUCUGUCCCAGCCUGCAUGACGCCCCCCAUCAUAACAACAACAACGAGGGCCCUUCCGAGUGCCCAGCCCAGCCCAAGUGCACCUACGAGAACGUCAGCGGGGGGCCGCGGCGAGGGGCCGGCUGGAGACUGAGCCCGGAGGAGCCGGGCUGGAAUGGCCUCGCCCAGCGCCGGGCUGCCCUGCUGCACUACGAGAACCUGCCCCCGCUGCCGCCUGUGUGGGAGAGCAAUGCCCAGCAGCCGGGUGGGGAGGCCGGGGAUGACGGGGACUCGAGGGAUGGGCUCACACCCUCCUCCAAUGGCUUCCCCGAUGGUGAGGAGGAUGAGACCCCGCUGCAGAAGCCCACCAGCACCCGGGCCUCCAUCCGCAGCCACGGCAGCUUCCCUGUGCCACUGACCCGCCGCCGUGGCUCCCCUAGGGUCUUCAACUUUGAUUUCCGCCGGCCGGGCCCCGAGCCCCCGAGGCAGCUCAACUACAUCCAGGUGGAGCUAAAGGGCUGGGGUGGAGACCUACCCAAGGGGCCCCAGAACCCCUCGGGCCCCCGAGCCCCUGUGCCCACCACCCACCCUGCCCGCAGCUCAGACUCCUAUGCCGUGAUUGACCUCAAAAAGACCGUGGCCAUGUCUAACCUGCAGAGGGCUCUGCCCCGAGACGAUGGCACUGCCAGGAAAACCCGGCACAACAGCACUGACCUGCCUCUGUAGGGACGUCCUGGUCCUCGCCACCCUCCGCCCCACCGUGAUCCAGCCUCCGCCUCACACUCCUGUCCUCUGAACCCCCUCCCCAGGGUUCAGGGUUGCUUUGCAGAAGGCAUUGAGGUGGGACCAGAUGCUUCCUACGCUGGCUGGAGUCCCCAGAGAUACCAGCCACUGAGUGUCCUGGUCUCCAAGCUGAGGAGAGAAGAGGGUGACCAGGCGAGGCGGGAGCCGGGACGUAACUGUGAAGGGUUCCUGUGGUUGCAUUUAGCACCCUCCAUCCUGUCCUUUGUCUCGUCUGUCGGCUGUGUGUGUUUUUUUUUGGUUGGAAUUUUGAAACAUUUUGUACCUGUUGAUUUUAUUUAUCAGUUUAUUUUUCUAUUUAUUGUUUUAAAUGUAAUUUAACAUAUUUAUUAUUAAUAUAAUUAUUUUUAAAUUCUG